AUGAGCACCAGUCAAAACAAGAAACACACUACGACUUCAAGCAAGAUCAUUACUGACACUACCAUCACCACUGGUGCUUCCACAACCUCUAGUACUAAGACACCUGCUGAAAAGUUGUCGCGCCCCUCUCAUCUCACUUCCACUCCGGACUCAACUCAACGCACAAAGAAAGUGAGCUCUCGACGCGCUACAACUACUACAGCUGAGGUCAAAACCUCCUUCCCUGACUCUGACACCGAGCCCAGUGACAUCUCUACUGCAUCUUCUUCUUCGUCGUCCUCCUCUGCCAUGGCAAAUAGCCAGAUACCUUCGGAAAUGCAGUCCUCCGUGACCAGUGAGUACCGUGUCUCUUCCACCUCAGUCGAACUGCCUCCCACUUCAUUAGACGAUACCUCCACCCCAACAAAUGAUGUGAAAGCAGAGUUAGGAGAGAAGGAGAAGGGAGCAGAAAGUGAAAGAUCCAUUGAUUCGACAAACUCCAAUGCGGCGACAACAGGGGAGGACACAGGCACCAAUUUAAUUGUCAACUACUUGCCACAGAAUAUGACUCAAGAAGAAAUAAAAAGUCUCUUCUCCAGCAUAGGUGAGGUGGAGAGCUGCAAACUCAUCCGUGAUAAGUCUACAUGCCAAAACCUUGGAUAUGGCUUCGUUAAUUAUGCAAAUGCCAAAGAUGCGGAGAGGGCGAUUAAUACGUUGAAUGGACUUCGUCUGCAAAAUAAAACAAUUAAAGUUUCCCUGGCUCGUCCGAGUUCUGAAUCCAUAAAAGGCGCCAAUCUAUACAUAUCCGGACUUCCGAAAUCCUACACACAGCAGGAAAUGGAGAAGCUAUUCGCAUGCUGUGGGAAAAUUAUCACCUCACGCAUCCUUUACGACAACAAUACUGGUCUCUCAAGGGGUGUCGGUUUCAUCCGCUUCGACCGUCGCAGUGAAGCAGAGCACGCGAUUCGUCACUUGAACGGCGCGGUCCCACCCGGUUUUACGGAGCCAAUCACAGUAAAGCUCGCAAACUCACCUUCUGGAGGUGGCGGCAGCUCUGUCUCGAACCAUGCAUCUCUCAUCAAUCCCGUAAUUCACCAACAUCAUCAGCAGCAUCACCAAGGCCUCCUCCUUGCUGCUGCCGCUGCUGCUGCCGCAGCAGCAGUGGCAGCUGGAUCGGCGGAGGUCAAAGCCCCCUUGCCUCCUCCCCCUCCACCACCGCCACCGCCACCUCCGCCGCAUUCCACCCAGCCUCCCUCCGCCAUGGCUUUCAUGCACCAGCCCGACUCGGGCUCCAAAAGAACAAGGCACCGCUUGAGGCAGUGA